ACCAAAAUGUCCUGGGGGCGGGACUGAGUUAAAGCUGAAACGGCAGCAAACCCCCUACCGCUAGGGUUAUUUUCAUUCCCUCAGCUAAGCCGACACAGAAGUGCCAUCGAGGUCUCUCCCUCUUCUCCCCAUCUCGAUUCUCGACUGCGACAGCAGAACCCAAAAGUGUCGUCAUUGACCUCCAACAUUCCACUGAGCAUCAGGGGCACCGCCGACGACCUCUAGUCAAAUCUCACCCUCCCUCUGUCAUUCACACAUCUCGUAGGCGGCUAGCGACGAGUUGGCGCUUCCUCUUUCUCAGUCGCCGACGACGAGUCGUCUCCUUCCUCCCUCAUCUCCCGGCUAGCCAGUCAUAGACCCUGCAGUCGGAGCCAUUCAGCCAUCUAUUGAAAGAUUGAGUUGUGUUGCUGUUACUUAAACCGUGUUAGUAUUGGGUGUCGUACUCAACUCUUCUCGUUAUGGUUUUAACCAUAGUCUAUCUCUAUAUAAGACUUAGCUACGAACAUGUCGUAAGCAAGCCGUCAAAACUCACUAUGUAGUCGUUCAAUAAAACAUCAGCCAAGCUCACCGUGAACGAUCAAUCAAUCAAUCGAGGGUACCACGUAAAAUCCCUUGUCUCGUGUGUUCUUUCAAUCUUCUGCGCUAUCAAUUUCUACAUGGUAUCAGAGCGAAACUCGAUCCCCUUGCCUAGGGUUUUGAACUUUCGCAAUCAGCAUCUGUUGCCUCUCCGGCAACAUCGACGUCAUGUUAUAGUAGGUGCGUUUAAUGAGAUAACUAAAAAUUUACAUGUAAAAUUUUAUGCAUUAUAAUGUUGGAUGUACGGGGCGAGUAUUACCCAUGGGUACCCGAAACCCAUGGGUAUGUGUAUGGUUUACAAAAUCUUUCCCUGCAUGGGUAUGGAGCGGGUAUGGGUUUGGAUAUUUGAAAGCGGCGAUGGGGAUGGUUUAGGCAAACCCGCCCAAUUGCCAUCCCUACUCCUUUAUUUCUUCAAAUAUUUAUUUUUUAUUUUCAUUUUUUUUAUAUAUAAAUAAAUUAGGUGGAAAUGACGUGGCAACCAUGUCGAUGCCACCUCAACACUAAAUGUUUAGUCGCUGAUGGAAUAAAUGUUUGACCAUCAGACCAUAAUUUUUAAUGGUCAAUCCAAACAUUUGACCAAAUCUAUCCAACAAUUUAAAAAGUAGGCCGCAACUAUCUUAUUCGAAAUUCGGACUAAAACUUAAAUUUAUGCCAAAUUUGGUGCCAAACUAGAGUAUUAAGUAUUAAAUGAAGAAAAUAGAAAAAAAGGGCAAGGUCGGAUACACGUCGGCCACUGCCUGGUAUCCACGUGGAACCAAUAAUACUUGACCGGCGAACUAACCGCCUUCUACCUCCAUUCUUGCCCUCCCUCACUGGCUUGGAUUUGACGAAGCGAAGAAGAAGAAGAAGAAGAAGAGCCUGAGAAACCGGGAAAGCAAAGUCGUCAUUUUUUCUUUUAUGACGCGGUGCUUUACGCGGUAAAGGAAAAUCCACUCUGAUACGAUAGUUCUCCUGUUAUUCCUGUUUUUGGGUUAUUGUGUGUGUCCCCAGAAACAUAUCCCAGUUGCUCUGCUGCCUCGUCGAGGUAAUUCUUUGAUCCCUUUCCUCGCGUCUCCAAUUCCUGAUCCCCAUAGGGUUAGGUCAUUUGCGAGAAACAACGAACAAUUGGGAAAGAUCACACAUUUUUCUUCAAAGCUUCUGAUCUUCAAUGGAUCAUAAUGGUUCCUCAGCUCAAUACCCAUAUAACAAUUCUUACCCGUAUCCUUACCACCAGCCUCCGCCGGGAAACCCUCCUCCCCCGAAUUAUCAAUACCCACCUCCCAAUUUAGAUCCACAUACCUCCUAUAAUCAUCAACCUUACCCUUAUCCGUACCCUCCAUCUUACGGCUACCCUCCGCCGUCUGCAUAUCCAGCUCCGGCGACCUCCUAUCCCUCGCAUCCCCCGCCAGAUGCUUAUCCUUCAGCUCCUCCGCCGCCGCCUACUUCUGAAAUGCCACCGAAUUCAACCACUCCUUUCACGCCAUUGGAGUAUCAACAUCAUUAUCCCCCGAACCAUCAUCAGUCUCCACAGUUUUCCAAUCCUCAUCUCCAGCAUCAAAGCAGCUUCCAACAUGGUUCCUCUGCAUCUUACUAUUACCCUCAUCUUCCAGCAAUUUCAACCCAUGGAGGGAGUAGCUUCCCUGGACAUGGUAGACAUGAGAGCUGUCCUCCUUUGGGGACUGGAUCCUCCGUUCAUCAGGACAAUCUUUGUGAUACUCCCAGUUCAAAUUCGUCGUAUUCACCCUACCCACCUCUGGAUGACAUGUUGAGUAAUGUGCAUCUGAAUGACCACGAAGCUCGUCCUUCCGCCCCUGCAUCACCUGCAUCAUCUUUAAUUCCAGCAUUGCCCGGCUCUCCUUCACUCAGCCAUCAAACUUCCAGUAUGGGAUAUUAUAGGCAGGAAGCAGGAUUCUAUGGUUAUCCUAAUGACUCCUUUUCAAGUCACUAUGAAGGAGCCUAUUUGGGCCACGUAGAUUCUUUUGGUUCUGCUUCACCUUAUGCUACGGCUUCGCCUUCUGCUCAUGUGCAUUCGCCUUCAUUUGAUGGUUCACCACAAGGCACAUCCCUCCAAAUUGUCCCAUUUGGUACUAAAGGGUCCUUGAGGGUUUUGUUGCUGCAUGGGAAUCUGGAUAUUUGGGUUUAUGAUGCCCAGAAGCUUCCAAACAUGGACAUGUUUCACAAGACAUUGGGGGAUAUGCUGAAUAAGUUCCCUGCAAAUUUAAGCAACAAAAUAGAAGGACAAGUGAGUGACAAGAUUACUAGUGAUCCUUAUGUCUCGAUCUCAGUAGGGCGUGCUGUUCUGGGAAGAACUUAUGUGCUUAGCAAUAGUGAAAAUCCUAUUUGGUGCCAACAUUUUUAUGUUCCUGUUGCACAUCAUGCUGCUGAAGUGCACUUUGUGGUAAAAGACAGUGAUGUGGUUGGUUCACAAUUGAUAGGAGCUGUCUCAAUCCCAGUGGAGCAAAUAUAUUCAGGGUCCAAAAUUGAAGGUAUUUACCCGAUUCUCAACAGCAGUCGAAAACCAUGCAAACCUGGUGCUAUGCUAAGAAUUUCGAUUCAGUACAUACCCAUGGAAAGGUUGAGCAUUUACCAUCAUGGUGUUGGGGCUGGUCCUGAUUAUCAAGGGGUUCCAGGCACAUAUUUUCCUCUAAGGAAAGGUGGAAGAGUGACACUUUAUCAAGACGCACAUGUACCGGAUGGGUUUCUUCCGAAUCUGAACCUUGAUAAUGGGAUGUCCUAUGUGCAUGGUCAGUGCUGGCGAGAUAUCUUUGAUGCAAUACGACAGGCUAAGCGUUUGGUCUAUAUUACUGGGUGGUCAGUGUGGCACAAAGUUAGACUUAUCAGGGAUGCUGCUUGUCCUUUUGAUAGUUCCUUGGGGGAGCUUCUCCGAUCCAAGUCCCAGGAGGGAGUAAGAGUUCUGCUUCUUGUUUGGGAUGACCCUACAUCAAGGAGUAUUUUGGGAUACAGAACAGAUGGAAUUAUGGCAACGCAUGAUGAGGAAACACGGCGUUUCUUUAAACACUCAUCGGUGCAGGUAUUGCUUUGCCCCCGCAUUGCUGGGAAGAAACAUAGCUGGGUCAAGCAGAGGGAAGUUGAAACUAUCUAUACGCACCAUCAGAAGACCGUAAUCGUAGAUACUGAUGCUGGCUAUAAUAGGAGAAAAAUCAUGGCAUUUGUUGGUGGCCUUGAUCUAUGUGAUGGCCGAUAUGACACUCCCCAUCACCCAUUAUUUAGGACACUCGAGACUGUCCAUAAAGAUGACUAUCACAACCCUACUUUCACGGGAAGUGUUUCUGGCUGCCCGAGAGAACCAUGGCAUGACUUGCACAGUAGAAUUGACGGUCCAGCGGCAUAUGAUGUUCUCACCAACUUCGAAGAGCGCUGGUUCAAGGCUGCCAAACCCCGUGGACUGAAAAAGCUGAAAACUUCAUAUGAUGAUGCUUUAUUAAGGAUAGACAGGAUUCCUGAUAUAGUGGCAGCUUCUGAUGCUCCUUGUGUGGGUGAGAAUGAUCCAGAAACUUGGCAUGUCCAGAUCUUUCGUUCAAUUGACUCAAAUUCUGUUAGAGGCUUCCCAAAGGAUCCGAAAGAUGCGACGCCGAAGAAUCUGAUGUGUGGAAAGAAUGUAUUGAUUGAUAUGAGCAUCCACACAGCAUACGUGAAAGCUAUCCGCGCUGCCCAGCACUUCAUAUACAUCGAGAACCAGUAUUUCAUUGGGUCUUCGUACAACUGGAGUUCAUAUAAAGAUUUAGGUGCUAAUAACUUAAUCCCAAUGGAAAUCGCAUUGAAAAUUGCCGAUAAAAUUAAAGCACAUGAGAGAUUUGCUGCCUACAUUGUCAUUCCAAUGUGGCCAGAAGGAGUUCCAACCGGUGCUGCUACCCAAAGAAUUCUUUUUUGGCAGCAUAAAACCAUGCAAAUGAUGUACGAGACAAUUUCCAAGGCUUUGGUGGAGGCUGGUUUGGAGGAUGCAUUCUCACCUACAGAUUAUUUGAACUUCUUCUGUCUUGGGAAUCGUGAGGCCAUCAACCCCAAUGACUCUGCAGUUUUAUCGAGUCCUCAUGCUGCAAAUUCUCCUCAGUUGCUUUCUCGAAAGAGCCGGAGGUUCAUGAUUUAUGUUCAUUCGAAAGGGAUGAUAGUUGACGAUGAGUAUGUGAUCCUGGGUUCUGCAAACAUAAAUCAACGUUCGAUGGAGGGCAGCAGAGAUACAGAGAUUGCAAUGGGAGCAUAUCAACCUCAACAUACUUGGGCAAGAAAACAACGAAACCCACUUGGACAGAUACACGGGUACAGGAUGUCUCUGUGGGCAGAGCAUCUUGCAACAGUUGAGGACUGCUUCACGCAGCCAGAGAGUCUUGAUUGUGUGAGAAGGGUUCGGUCCAUGGCGGAGUUAAACUGGAAACAGUUUGUGGAUGAUGAGGUAACAGAGAUGAGAGGGCAUUUGAUGAAGUACCCAGUUGAGGUGGAAAGGUCGGGCAAGGUGAAGCCUCUCCCUGGUUGUGAAACUUUCCCAGAUGUAGGUGGUAAUAUCGUAGGUUCAUUCAUUGCCAUUCAGGAGAAUCUGACCAUUUGAGUUUUUCUGAAGAGAGACCGUUUGAUUUUGAAUGUGGAAUGGGUGGGCUUUUCCAGCACUCUUAAAUUGUAGGUAGAGGGAGUCGGUGUCUACAGGUUCUGCGUCGUGGAAGAGAGUUCUGGUUCCCCUUUUCUGAGGCCCAUGCCCUUCAAAUCUCUCUUCUUCGUCUGAGUUUUUUGUAGUGUGAAUUUUUUUUAAAGAUGAAAUCCAUGUAUAGCCAAUUUUUUUACUCUGACAAUUAUAGUCACACUUUUAAUAAUGAUAAAAUCUAGUC